CUGCGAGAGUGUGGUCUCAGUGCUGCGGUUGUUCUCUGUGUAGCGGGACAGAGGUGAAUUAUUCCAGCUCGCAUCCGUGCAACUGCGAAAGAAAUAAAAUGAAUAUUUCAAACAGCCGUGGACUAAACCUUGCUAAACUACAAUCGAGCCAUCUGUCCUAACUACAAGCGCUAGAAGUGUUUUAGAGCUUUUAUCUUACGUUUUGAGGAGUUACGAGUGAGAUUUGGAAUAACUUUAUUGGAUUUCACUAUCACUUCUGCAAAAACAUAACCUUUCAGGAUGGAUGACGGACAAUGCUACUACAAUGAAACCAUAGCCUUUUUUUACAAUCGUAGUCAAAAGUAUCUGGCCACAGAAUGGAAUGCCGUAAGCAAGCUAGUGAUGGGACUUGGGAUUACAGUAUGUAUUUUUAUUAUGCUAGCUAACUUGCUUGUGAUGGUGGCAAUCUACAUCAACCGCCGAUUUCACUUUCCAAUCUAUUAUCUAAUGGCUAACCUUGCAGCCGCUGACUUCUUUGCAGGACUUGCCUAUUUCUAUUUGAUGUUUAACACGGGACCCAAUACGAGGAGGCUAACGGUCAGCACGUGGUUGCUUCGUCAAGGCCUCAUCGAUACGAGCCUUACAGCCUCAGUUGCAAACUUGUUAGCUAUAGCCAUUGAGCGCCACAUAACCGUGUUUCGCAUGCAGCUCCAUACCCGCAUGAGCAAUCGACGAGUAGUUGUAGUUAUCGUCAUCAUCUGGACCAUGUCUAUCGUCAUGGGAGCCAUUCCUAGCGUGGGCUGGAACUGCAUCUGUGCCAUAGAUACUUGCUCCAACAUGGCUCCCCUCUACAGCAACUCCUACUUGGGCUUCUGGGUAAUCUUCAACCUGGUUACCUUCGUGGUGAUGGUCGUUCUGUAUGCCCACAUAUUUAUGUACGUUCGUCAGCGAACCAUGAGGAUGUCUCGGCACAGCUCGGGCCAACGGCGAAACCGGGACACUAUGAUGAGCUUGCUGAAAACGGUCGUGAUUGUACUGGGUGCUUUCAUUGUGUGCUGGACGCCUGGUUUGGUGAUUCUCCUGCUGGACGUGGUCUGCUCCAACUGCAAUAUCCUGACCUAUGAGAAAUUCUUCCUUCUUUUAGCAGAAUUCAACUCUGCCAUGAACCCUAUCAUAUACUCCUACCGGGACAAGGAGAUGAGCGUCACGUUCAAACAGAUCCUGUGCUGUCAGCGGCAGGAGAAUGUGAACGGUACAGCAGAGGGUUCGGACCGUUCUGCGUCCUCCAUCAACCACACGGUCCUGAGCGGUGCGCACCAUAAUGACCAUUCAGUGGUCUGAGGUUCGACACAGACCGGGAUCUGAGAAGAGACUGUGAAAAAUGCCUUUUUAUGAGCAAAAGACUUGUGGUUAUAAAGUUGCCUGUGCUUUUUCUGUCCUUAUAAAGUUUUGACAUGAUAUUGAACUAUUUAAAAGUGGAUUAAAUAGCCAGUUUAACACAAGUUGUAUUUGUUCCCGAAAUGCCUUAUGGAAAAGUUGGAGGAGUCUUUUGGCUAGAUGUAAUUUUUUUGUCAGAUUGUUGUAAAUCGAGAAUCAUUUUUUGUGCGUGUUGUACAGCGGGUGUUGAACUGAAGGACGUAAAGAAGUGUCCAGUGAAUCUGUCUGUCAGUUUGCACUAGAAAGAAAAGCGUGCAUGUAAGGGACCACUGGGACAUCAUUUUGGUGAACUAUGCAAAGAACUUGAUUGUUUGCUUUGUUUUUGUUUUGUUUUGCAUUGCACGUUCGUCCCUAUGAUACCAGGCGGCUGAUAAAUAUAACAGCCAAUAUAUAUAUAUAUAUAUAUAUAUAUAUAUAUAUAUAUAUAUAUAUAUAUAUAUUUUUUUUUUUUUUUAUGCUCACCAAGGCAGCAUUAAUAAUAAUACAAAAUUAAAAAAAUCAGCCAAAUCAAUAAUGCUAUAAUGUUGGACAUUUUGUGAAACUGUGAUGCACCACCACACAAAAAGUAAGAUUAAUAAAAUCAAAGACAAAGAAAUAAAGGUUCUAUACUUUAUUCAGCAGAGAUGCUGACAUUUAUAAUGAUACGACAGAAUUCUGUUUCAAAUAAAUCUUGAUGAUGCUGAAAAUUCAGAUUUACAUAACAGGAAUAAAUUAUAUUUUACAAUAUAUUAAAAUAGAAAACUCGUAUUUUAGAUUCUACUAAUAUUUCAUAUAUUACAGUUUAUACUGUAUUUUUGGUUCUAUAAAUGCAGCAUUGGUGAGCAUGAUCUGUGAAAAGCGAUCUAGUUUCUACAUAGAAACAAAGAUUAUUAAAGUAUGUUUUACAAAAUAUAUUGCAAAGCAGUUGUUUCAAAGCAAAGUUGUUGGGCUCCAAACAGGCUUAGAAUGUAGAUGAAUGCAUGGAUUGGAAUUUCUCAUGACAAGGACCAUGACAUAUUGAUGUAAAGCUGGGUAAACUUAUGCCUCAGUGACUUGAAAUUUACUUUGAAUUUACUCAACAACUUUAAUUUUCUUUUUGACACACACACACACACACACACAUACAAAAAAAAAAAGGAUUAUAUGAUUUCCAAUAUUUUUCAACAGGGAUCAACACCCAUGCCUUAUAUAUAAUAUUAAUUAUAUUCGGAUUCAUUUUCAACAUGAUGGAAAUUAAAUGAUCAAAAAGUCUUUACUUCAUUUACCGUAUGUACGUAUGUAUAUAAUAUGUGUAUAUAUUCAUAUGUUAGUCAAAAGGGAAUGUCUAUUGUUUAAAGUUAAUCGUUUAAACCAAACUAUAGCUGUUUUUAUGUUUAAACUCCUUCUUUAAAAUCUAAUUCAGUCAUGCUAAAUAACAUUGUUGGCCAAACAUGGAAGGACAAGUGUUUUAAUAUACAAAGUUAGCACUGCAUACAGAAGCCUGAAAAAUUAGUGGGACAUUUAAGUUACAUUACAGAUGCACUAAAAUCAUGUUAACACAUUUGUUUAAAUUCUCAGAAAAAUGAACAAAUUCAUAUAUAAUGACUUUUAGGUGCUCAAAAACUUGCCGGGCCACUGUAGGACAGUUCAACUUGACUGUAAUGUUCAUGUACUAUUAUCCUAACAUCUGUGAAAUUAACUGUUUUAUACUGCAUGUUGUUCAUAAGAGGGAAAGCUUCUCAGGAAAUAACCUCUAGUUUAAAACAGUAUUUUGUACCCUAUGGCAUUUUGACAGUAUUGCUUUAAUGUUUAAUCAUGUUUGAAACGGCGUUGUGUGUAAAGAGAAUGAAUCCACUUUAAUAUGACUAAACUCUGAGAUGCUAUAUUUGUAAAACAUAUCAGUAUUAUCAAUAGUCAAUACUAACAUUCUCUUAAGUUUCACAGUGACAGUAUGCAUUGAUUCACUGUGGAUGUUUGAGUUUCUGUUCAUGGUGUCUUAACAGGAAAACAACCUAUAAAACCUCUUGUUUUUCUAAUGAACCGAGCAGCAAAUGUCCCAGCCCUGCUGCAAGUCUUGCUCUGUUGCGAAAGCGAGUUUGAAGCACUCCAGUGCUCCAAAUAAUGUCCAUCUAAAAAGACAGCUGUGCUCGACAGGUCAUGGGCCAUAGGUUCAAUCUAGGUUGAAAAACAGCAGUGCGUUUCAGAAAAGAUACUUGUUCCCUUAUGAAGUCUGAACUCUGAAAUCCUGCAUGGUAACAUUCACUUAACAGUGUCAUGCAAUUAUUGAACCUUCUUGAAAUAAAUCUGUAUAUGAGUCAAA